UCAGUUACAGUUAUAUUCCAACAAAACAAGACAGCGUAGAAAUGUGAAUGUGAACACUAUGGAAUCAUUUAUAUUUGUUGCAUAGUCAUACCUUUGCUGGAAAGGCGAAUGGGAGUCAUUCAAUUAGAGUUAUCAUUAAAUUUUUCCACAAUUGCAUACUUUCUGAUACGGCAGAGCUCAAACAUUAAGCCGUUUACUCAGGCUAUAAAAAUCGCGCCAGCGAAACCGUCCAACCGGCCGCAGUCGCGACCAGUUUUGAGAAAACCGAACAGCAGUCCACCUCCAAACAUCGUUGGCUACUGACGGAUCAAAUCUAAAACACCGCUUUAUAUUUUAAUCCAAUUCCCGGCUAAUUCAAAUUUCGAACGCAUUAAUUCAGUCACGUUUAGGAACUUUAUCGUGCCCGAUUCUGACAUUAGUCUUUUUUUCACGUCCGUAACUUUUUAUUAAUGAGUUGUUUUUCGUGUUAAUUUCAAAUAUAAUUUUUAGUUAGAGUUUAUUAAGUUGGUGGUUUGAGUGAAAGUGUUUUUAGAUCUAAAAGUGAAAGGGCACUGUCAAAACAUCUGUAAAAUACCAACUUACGAUAUGUUUGAACACUACCCUGUGACGUCAUGUCAUCGGUGAACGAUGGAGAACUAUGGAUACCGAUACAAGAUGAAGCUAGCAACAGAACAUGCGAUUACAAAAGAAGAGGGAGAAGACAGAGGAAUAACCAAAAAGCUAACUACAAGAGCAAACGAAUACGUUACGAUUUAAAAAAGAGUAGAAAUAAAUUAAUACAUCAUGGGAUUAGAAGCUUCAGAAGCGCAGAAGACCUACGUCAUGAAGUUAAUAACAAUAGGAAAAAUCACUCAUAUAAGGUAUUACAAGAAAGAGUUGUAAAACUAAGUGAGCAACAUGAACUUAGUAGUAGUAGAACAUCGAGGAAAAUUCAGCGACGUGAAGUCAGCAGCAAUAUAGAGAAGCUUAAUAGCAUUACAAAAUGGCGACGUGGUACAAAAUGGCGGAUAAGCGCGAUGUUCAUACCGUUGGUUAUUUUAAAUGUCAUUGGAAUCAGUAAUGCAGAAAGUUUAACCAGCAGAGUUUUAGCUUCGUUCCUCGGUUAUCCAACAACAUGCAGUGUAGGUUUGGAAGUGAGGCCCUGCACCCUCUCUCUGUCAUGUUGGCUGCGAGGAGGCACCAGGGUCAGAGGCUGCGGGAGUGGCUGGCUGUUCUCCUGUUGUCUACCGGCAGAACCUGAUAGAAAUGACUUUGAUAACUCAAUCCCAUCAUCGGAUUGGAGGUACAAAGUGGUGCCGCCGAAGCUACGCCAAGUGCCGCAGCGGAGUGUGGUGCCGACCAACGUCUUCAGACGACGCGUUGACGAAGACAUCACCCAGAUUGAGUGCGGACUCCCCUCUACCAGGAUACUACAGAAGAGAAUUAUCGGCGGUAGAGAGGCGAGGUUCGCGGAGUUCCCCUGGCAAGCUCACGUCAGGAUAUCGGAGUUUCAAUGCGGUGGUGUGCUGAUAUCCAAAUGGUUCGUCGCCACAGCUGCGCACUGCGUGUCGCGCGCGCGACCACGUGACAUCGCCGUGUGGCUAGGCGCAUUGGACACCGCCGCCGGGACCAAUACUGCGAGGAAACUUGGGGUCGUCCAAAAAAUACUCCAUCCCCUAUUCCAGUUCCGUAUGACCCAGCCUGACCGGUAUGACAUCGCUCUGUUGAAGCUGUCGCGUCCGGUCAUGUACACCAGCCAUAUACUCCCCAUCUGUCUUCCGGACACGGACAUCGAGCUCCGGGGCAAGUCCGGGGUCAUCGCCGGCUGGGGGAAGACGGACGCUAGUAACGGGCACACUGGAACCAACAUACUGAGAUCUGCCACUGUUCCUAUACUAAGUACAGAGCAAUGCAUCAAAUGGCACCAGAGCAAGCAGAUCCUCGUAGAGAUACACUCCGAGAUGAUCUGCGCCGGUCACUCUGAUGGUCAUCAAGAUGCUUGCUUAGGGGACUCCGGGGGACCGCUCAUAGUGUUGGACGGCGGGAGGUACUAUCUGGUGGGUAUCACCUCCGCCGGCUUCGGCUGCGGAGUGGACCACCAGCCAGGGAUCUACCACAACGUCAAGAUGACUUCCAACUGGAUCAAGGAUAUCAUUACUCCAGCAACCAGUUUCAUUGACUUUUAGAUUGUUAAAUUAAAUUGUUAUUUACAAUGUAGCCCAUGUAGCCAUGUGGCACGUCGAUUCUCUUUCUACGAUCGCAAACGCUUCGAAAACUAGAAAUAUAAAAUAUCGGAAUCACAUUUGCUAUCGAUAGGUCACGUGAUCAAGAUCUGUCAAUCCCAUACAUUUUCCUAGUUUUCGAAGCGUUUGCGAUCGUAGAAAGAGAAUCGGGACUGGACCGGCUUUUUACUGUAUCCUGCAAAACUGGACCCCGUGUUCACAUGGCAGUUCAGUUUUGCUGAGUAAAAAACUACCAUUGCUAUGCUUAAAAAACAGUGUCCAGCAAAAAACCGCACGCAGGAAGCCGUGUGAACACUGCUAUUGAAAUAUAUGUCAGACUAGCGGACGCCCGCGACUUCGUCCGCGUGAAACUCGAUGUAAACUUUCAACUACCUUUUCCUGAAUUUUUUCUAUAAACUAUUUUUUCUAUAACUAAUCUUUGCUAUAAACCUCACGGAGCCCGAGGCCUUUCCAACGAAUGCAAAACCGUGGAAUGCAAAACCGUGGGUUCAUGCGUUCUGGAGUUAUAGCGUCAGGAAGGAAAACCCGACUUAUUUUUAUAUAGUAGAGAAGAUUAAACGGGAUCCUGCUUUUUACUGGACUACGCAUCCAGUUUCUAGUGAUAAAACCGAAUGACACAAUUUGGCCAGAUUAGCUUUUUACAGGAUCCCGCAUGCGGGAUGCUCGUGUGAACGCUAGCAUAUAAACACAUUUGCCAUCGGAAUCUUGCAGAAAACGGAAUCCUGCAUACAACUGGACUGCCGUGUGAAUAGGGCGUUAGUUUGAGUUGAAUGCCUCAAGGUCAGUGGUUAAUCAGUGCGGUUUUGGAUCGUGAGGCCUAGGUUCAAGUCCUGGGUCAGACUUUGUAAUUUUUUUUCCAAUAACUUCUAAAUACUUUGGCGUUACAAUCGCGCACCUCGGAGAGUAGUUCCAACGACCAAUUUUGUCAUUAUCACUAGGCUAAUACUAAUUCUUACAAACAUUACUUUAAGCCCAAUACCAUUGUAACAGCGUUGUGGGUGUACGCUCCAUAACCCAUCUCAUACAGUAAACAAUUUGAUAAAAUGUAUAUAGCCCAUGUUACCUGGGCUAUUAUUACAGAUCUUUUGACACCUCUUUUAGUAAAAUCGGUUCAAUAGUUUAGGCCUUACGGUCGAACAUACACGCAUAUAUACAUAGACUGCCAAAAUCAUUACCCUUUCUUUUGGCUUCGCCGUAGUCGUGUAAAAAGGAAGCCUGUGUUCUCGUGUGUAUAAUUAGCAAACAGUUAGCAACAAAUUAAUGGUAUUUGUUAAUUAAUGUAAACUAAUUACAUUAAUUAACAAAUUAAUGUAAACUAAUUACAUUAAUUAACAAAUUAAUGUAAACUAAUUACAUUAAUUAACAAAUUAACGUAAACUAAUUACAUUAAUUAACAAAUACCGAAUUCCUGUUAUAACCACAAAACAUUUUGUUUUUAGUUUAACUGAAAAUAAAAACACGUGUUAAUUUAUACAUUUAUACACUGUCGUGGACCCCCAUUUUCAUUUCAUGGACCCCCAAAUGUUUUUCGCUGACGUAGACCCCUUGCAGGUUGUCAUAGACCCCUAGGGGUCGAUAUAGAGCAUUUUGAGAAUCACUGCCCUAAAGCAAGAGAAAACGCUCUUGACAGCUGCCGCCAUAAAAAAAAACAUGCUUGACUCUAUAUCGGUGGAUUAAAAAAAAACAGUUAUAGGUAGGUAUGUUUUAUUUGUUUACAAAAUAUAUAAAUAAAUAAUUUUAACUAUACUAGUACGUUUGCUUGCAUUUUAUGUGUGUUGUUAUUAUAAAGUUAUCUUUGUUUAUUUGUUACUAAUUUAUUAUUGAUCUCCUGUUUGUUGAUUGAGCAAAAUAAAUAUUCUUAAUGUGUU